CCCCCCCCCCUCCCCAAGUCUUUAUAGCCGCUGCCGUCGCCUGCCACCGUCGCUCUUUCUCUGUUUCCUUUACAGUGGGAUUCCUCUCCGCUAUCGUUGACAGGGAUCCUCUGAGCCCCAGUUGUUGCCGGAUCUCGCUUCUACCUCUUUUUCCCUCAGAUUUCAAGAACCAUGACUUCUCACGUGGUUGGAUAUCCCCGCAUGGGCCCCAAGAGGGAGCUCAAGUUUGCUCUUGAGUCGAUGUGGGAUGGCAAGACCCAGGCAGCUGAUUUGGAGCAGGUUGCCAAGGACCUGCGCGCAUCGAUCUGGAAGCAGAUGUCUGAGGCUGGAGUGAGCAUGAUUCCUAGCAACACAUUCUCUUACUACGACCAGGUGCUGGACACUACCGCCAUGGUUGGAGCUGUGCCCGCUCGCUACGGAUGGACGGGUGGAGAGAUUGGACACGAUGUGUAUUUCUCAAUGGCCCGUGGAAACAAGACGAAGCCCGCCAUGGAGAUGACCAAGUGGUUCGAUACCAACUACCACUACAUUGUGCCAGAGUUGAGCGGUGAGACAAAGUUUGUUUACUCUUCACGCAAGGCCGUGAGCGAGUACAAGGAGGCUAAGGAGCUUGGCGUAGACACUGUGCCCGUGCUGAUAGGUCCAGUGACUUAUCUGCUGUUGUCCAAGGGUGACAAGAGCGCGCCCAAGGGUUUCAAUACUCUUUCACUUCUUGAUGCCAUACUUCCCGUGUACAAGGAAGUCAUUACAGAGCUGAAGGAAGCUGGUGCGUCGUGGAUCCAACUGGACGAGCCAAAGUUAGUCAUGGACCUUGAAGCUAGCCAAUACGAAGCUUUUAAGAAGGCAUACGCUGUGCUCGGGGAGGUAGCUCAAGUGAAGUUGUUGGUGGAGACAUACUUCACCGACCUGCCUGCCGAGGCCUACAAGACUUUGUGUGACUUGCCAAUUGCCGGUUUCGGGGUGGACCUCGUCCGCGGCAACAAAACCUUGAGCCUAAUCAAGGAGCACGGUCUUCCUGAGGGGAAGACUUUGUUUGCCGGAGUGGUGGACGGAAGGAACAUCUGGGCCAACGACUUGGCUGCCUCUGUGGCCGUGGUUGAGGAAUUGCAGGCUAAGCUUGGGAAGGAUAACGUAGUUGUCUCAACCUCAUGCUCCUUGCUCCAUUCCGCAGUGGACCUCAAGAACGAGACAAAGUUGGAUAGCGAAUUGAAGUCCUGGAUGGCAUUCGCCGCACAGAAGCUGCUGGAGGUAGUGGCGGUCGCUAAGGCCGUGUCGGGACAGAAAGACGAGGCUUUCUUCGCGGCUAACGCUUCCGCUCAGGAAUCGAGGAGGAACUCCCCCCGCGUUCAUAACAAGGCAGUGAAGGAAGCAGCCGCUGCUUUGGCCGGUUCGGAGCACCGUCGAUCUACCCCGGUAUCAAGCCGUCUGGAACAGCAGCAGAAGUACUUGAACCUGCCAAUCCUGCCGACGACCACGAUCGGAUCGUUCCCCCAGACGCCAGAGCUCCGCAGGGUCAGGCGUGAGGUGAAGAGCAAGAAGAUCUCAGAGGAGGAUUAUGACAAGGCCAUCAAGGCAGAGAUUGACAGUGUGGUGAAGCUGCAAGAGGAGCUGGACAUUGAUGUGCUGGUCCACGGAGAGCCAGAGAGGAAUGAUAUGGUUGAGUACUUCGGCGAGCAGUUGGAUGGUUUCUGCUUCUCAGCCAACGGGUGGGUUCAGUCUUACGGGUCUCGGUGCGUUAAGCCCCCGAUUAUCUUCGGUGACGUGAGCAGGCCGAAGGCCAUGACAGUGUACUGGUCGACUUACGCUCAGAGCGUGACCAAGAGGCCUAUUAAGGGCAUGUUGACUGGACCGGUUACAAUUUUGAACUGGUCUUUCGUGAGGAACGACCAGCCCAGGUCAGAGACCUGUUACCAGAUUUCACUGGCUAUCAAGGACGAGGUCGAGGACUUGGAGAAGGCUAACAUUACGGUGAUCCAGAUCGAUGAGGCUGCCCUUCGCGAGGGACUGCCCCUGCGUAAGUCCGAGCACGCAGACUACUUAAGGUGGGCUGUGCACGGGUUCAGAAUUACGACUUGUGGAGUUAAGGAUACCACCCAGAUUCACACCCACAUGUGCUACUCGAAUUUCAAUGAUAUCAUUCACAGCAUUAUUGACAUGGACGCCGAUGUGAUCACGAUUGAGAACUCGCGAUCGGACGAGAAGUUGCUGAGUGUGUUCCGUGAGGGUGUGCACUACGGAGCUGGAAUUGGUCCCGGCGUGUACGAUAUUCACUCCCCUCGCAUUCCACCAACAGAGGAGAUGGCUGACCGUGCUCGCAAGAUGUUGGCGGUGUUGGAGUCCAAGGUAUUGUGGAUCAACCCUGACUGCGGUCUGAAGACCAGGAAGUAUGCCGAGGUUGUGCCAGCGUUGACGAACAUGGUGAACGCCGCCAAGCAAUUGCGUGCCGAGCUGGCGAAUUAGGAGCUGAUUUUACGAUCAAGCGGCUUUUAUAUGUUUCAGCUGUGCUUGACGUAGAAUCUGUGGUUAGGAUCACCAAGCUUGUAGUGCUCUGUAAGAAGGAUCACGCAGUAUUGUGUAGGUGUGCCGUGUCCGCCAUCUUUACUGUUGUUGUUUGAACCCUUCUGGAAUACCAGUCAUAUUCCAAGAU